GAACCGGCGGAGCGGCUCUGUGAGCGCCGCCGGACAGCAUUGGCAACGCACGUUUCCGCUGGAUGGUGGGCACUGGGCUACAGGUGUAACGCCAAAGAGAACUUCAUUUGCAAAACUACUCGAGUCAUUCCACAAAACAUCCGUUACCCGAAUGAAAUCUUUCCUGUGAGAAUGCUAUAUUCAUCCAUCUACUCAGUUGCCUGAUGUUUUCUCCUCAUGGGAUAAUAGAGAAUUUGUAAUUUAGGAAAGAAUCCCUUGGUUGGAUUUGGUUUGUUUGCCUGGACUUAUGAGUCGACUUAAAAAGAAAAUGGAACAUUCAAGAGGUGCUGGCAAUGUGCAAGCAGAUGCAGAUGCAGAUGAAGAUAGAAAUAGUGUUUUGCUAUUUUCAGAUAAUGAGAAUGAGGCUAAGCAUUUGCGAAAGACUGUUCGAGUGAAAACAGUUACUAAACAAGCCGUCUCCAGCACAGAUCACAUUGGUCAGGCUAUCCCCAUUUGUUCAAGCGAUAGCUCAGAUACAAUAAACAGCUUAUUCAAGACACAGUCUCAAUCCGCACCGGUGGCCAAUAAGAGGAGGAAAAGUACAAGAACACCUUCAACCAGGUUGGAUGUCACAUGUCAAAGUCGACUUGAUUCUGAGAUCUCUGAUUCGGAUGACGAUCGAGGGUAUCCAAGCAUCUUGAAAAAUGGUAAAGUAAAAAGAAAGCAACGGCGCAAGGCAUCCACCAGCAGCCAUGGCCGUAAGAAACCUGCCCAGCGAAGAGGAAGGCCCCAAUCAUCCACAACUACUGCGGGGAAGAGGAACAAGUUGAAGGACCGGGGGCUUGAGUUUUCAUUUGUGGAACAAGAAUAUGGAACAAAGGAUUUGCCAUUUAAGAUGAUUUAUGCAUACGAGCAAGCGGCGUUGUGUGGAUUAUUUGAUUACAUGAAGGAGCUAAAAUGUCAAAACCACCUCAUAACAUCCUUAAAAAAUAUAGAUGUGGACUGUACAGAUAGAGAGAGUGGUCCAACCAGACAAUACAAGUACCUGGAUGAGAAUGGACCACUUUCUCCCAUAUCAGAAAACAGCGAUGAAACCUGUAUUGAAAACUUGGAAAUCGAAGAGGCUAUUGAUGUAAAAAUUGUGGAGAACAGCUGCUUCAUAGUAGAAAAGCCUGAAAAAAAGAAAAAGCGCUUGAGGAAAAUGCAUUGCGAUGGAAAAAAUAAAAGGCAACAUGUAAAGAGCGGUAAAAAUAAACACAAGCAUGAAGCCAAGGGUAAAAGUAAAGAUCACGUUAAACAUAAACAGGAAACUGUAGAAGAAAAGAACCAUGUGAUACAAAAUCUCCCACCGCAUGUGCCUUUUAAGUUGAAAUCAAGCAAGAUCACGAAAGGAAAAGUAGCAGACCAAACAGCUGUUGAUCCUUGCUGCCUACAGAACACCAGCAGGCCAUUAGAUAAACAGGCGGAUGAAGAAAUGGAGGCUACACUUUCUCGGAAGAAAAGCAAAUCCAAUAAAGACUCAAAAAAGAUUACGGGACACAGGAAAGAGCACUCAGCAUCGCAAGAAGAGAAUGUUCCAGAAAGUGCAUUAACAAUGUGCCAGAAAGUCCUUUGCAAUGGCACCCCUCAAAGUAAUAUUUCGCAAGAGAGGAACAAUUCUGCGGAACAAGCCAACAAAGGCGCAAAAUUAUCAUCAAAGUCAGUUCUAAAAAAGAAGCAUAAACUCUAUAAUGGGAACGGUUAUUUCACUGGUUCACCAUUGUAACAAGGGUAGUUUAGGGUUUUGUAAUAAGGGUAGUAAUUUUACCUGGUCCCCAUCCAAAGCUUUUAUUUAAGAAUGAAUACUAUAACAUCUCAACUGUGUUUUAUAUAUGUAUGGCACAUUUUUAUUUCAUUAUCCAGGCCAAUAUUGGAUUGGGAGGAGACACAAGGAACUAUAGAUAC